CUCCAAUACACCUAAACCCUGCAAGGUAUGUUCCAGCCCUGUAUGUGAACGCUCUCCUCCCCUGAGAGAGUUACAUUGCCAAUGUACAGCAAAUCUUCCUCUGUACUGUGGGAGGGGAGAUGGCGGGGGCACACACACUGAGCGCUGUUCUCGCAGUAUUGUGCAUAUCGGCCCCCAGAGCAUACUGGGUGAUGUGAUGAAAUGUGAUAGCAGGCAGGCAGCAGCGCGCAUUCUGCUCUAAAGUUCACGUCACUUGGAGAAUUACUGAGGACUUACCAGGGGCUGCAGCCUGAUAUCAACAAGGUAAGGAAGCAGAGGCUUCCGGGGAGCCGAAUACAGAGAUAGCUGUAAAGGUAACGUUCUACAUUACUCACUGACCGCAGAGACUCUGAGCUCACACUCAUGGCUACAGUCUUUCUUUAGUCUGCGGAGUGUGAGUGUGUCUGUGCUGUAAUAUUGUAUUCUCUGCUCGGAGAGAAACCUGUGAGAGAGGCACUCAGCAUUCCAUAUACCCAUUCAAUGCAACAGACUCCAUUCUAGAAUGCUGUGUGCAAGGUGGGAACAGGCAGUGCGAAGCUGUGUGCUAAAGGUCAUGGAACAACUAGUUACUGGAAAAAAUAAUCUUUUUUUUUUACUGAUAUAUUUAAUACAUAUAUAUUUUGUUUACAGUGUAAGUGAUAUUUUUUUCAUUCUGCAAGCAAUAGCAAGGAAAAGAGUAAUACUAGUAAAAUACUAAUAGAAAUAAAUGUAAGUAAUAUAGAUUAACAAGAAAUAUGUUAGUACUUCAAUGGAUGGAUUUUCGUUUUGCACAAAAUAAGUAUUACAUCUGUUUUAGAUUUAAAAAACCCCCAAAGGUUUCUUCUUUGAUUAACUUAUUAUAGGGAUGGGGAAGGACUUUCCAAUUUGGGUUUCCUGUAAUUUUUGAGUCUUUACAGUGUUUUUUUUCUGUGAAUAUUCAGCUACAAAGUUACCUUUAGCAAUUUAUUUAUUUUUUUACCCCAAAAAGUUUCUCCCCGUGCAAGCAUGAAGUAUCCACGUCAUAUUCACUAAAGGUGAAUUCUGAUUCAACUGGGCUUUUCACUAGUAAAUCACUAGUGGGCGAAUUCAAUCUGCUGUAUGUAUUCUAAGCUGGCAAGAAACACAUGUAAUUUAAUGGUUUUGUGCAAUUGCUAAAUUAUGCAGUAUUGUUGGACUGUUAUAGCUGUUGCUAACUGAAAUGAAAUGGAAAAAGAUUAACUUAAUACAAUGAUAGUUAUAAUACUUAUUUAUUCCACUAUUUUAGAUGUUAUUGGGAGAUUUACAGGGUUACUCACUAAAGUCCACAUUUUUUUAAAAAUUUAAAGUAAAUUUUAAAUGUAAGCAAAAAGUAAUCAUUGCAGAUUGUGAAUUCACUUUGUAUUCCCAGAAUUUCUCAUUGUAGUGAAUAUCCCUUCUAGUGUUAAACAUGGGAUCCAUAACUUAAAAAUAAUUUGUAUACUUGGAAACAAUCUUUAAUUUAGCUGAAUUAGAGAUUUGUUUUUCCAGUCUUUGCUAAUUUAUAAAAAAGCAUAUUGAACUUGUUUAUUUAUUGAUCCCAGAGACAACACAUAAAUAAAAGAUGUCAGAUACAUAUGUAUAACAAAAAUACAUUCAUUCUGUUGCUAUAGCUACCACUACAAAAUGUAUUUUAUGUAUUGUCAUAAACAAUGAAUAUGGCUUUUUAUAAUCUAAUAUUUUGUAAACUGAAGCACAUCCAUUUUUAUUAUCACAUUUCAUUACAUACUAAUAUAAUAAAUCAGUAGCAUCUCUCUCUAUAUAGGUAGAAGAUGUUUGAUUGGAUAACACACACAUCAAAAUAUAUGAUUACAUUUAUAUCCUAGAUAUGUGUUUCAUUAGUUUAGCUUUAAAAUAGGAAGUUGCUAGAAGAGUGUUCAUGUACAUCUAUGGUGAACAGAGCACAAUAUAUUCAGUGCAAGUUGUAUAUGCUCAAACCGUGCACAGGCUUUUAAACUUAAGAUCUAUACAAUUACUGUGGAUUUAUGUAGCAUAAUGUGUAGUUCUAUUUUAAUCUAUGCAAAUAUGUGAAUGGCAGGUCUGCUUUGAACUUACACAUUCUUAAGAAUGCAAAGAAACAAUAUAUUACUUAUAUGAACUUGUGAUUUUUGUAAAUAUUGUUAAAAUGUUAGACAUCUAAAGCAGGUAUUUGCAUUGUAAUUUCAAAGCACAGGUAUAUCUCCAUUACGGGAAACGUUUGUUAUUUAUGUGCAUAGUCAUUAUGUGUGUGAGGUUAGCUGUGUAUUGUAUGUAGAAGCUUUUGUAGUAUUCUAGGGGAGAGGGCUUCUGUUGUGUGGGGCUCCUUGUGGAGAGGCUACAUGUGUUUAGGAAGGAUGAAUGUGCAUGUGCAGAUUGUGUGUUGGGUGGCUGUAUAUGAUGUAUCUUGAGGCUGUGUGUGUUUAUGGGGAAUCGGUGCAUGUGUUGAAUAUGUUUAGGAAGCUGUGUGUUGUGUAUGUGUGCCGAGGCUGUGUGUGUUGGGUGAAUUUGUGUGUUUGGGGGGUGACUGUGUAUGGUGUAUCGAGCCUCCUCACUCAUUAAAAUUAGUUGUUAUUUUGGGGGGGGGUUUGUGCAUGAUUUCCAUUUAUCAUGGGAAUGGAUGCGGAGAUUUAUUUCCAAAUAGAUGGGAUUCUGGUAGGGAGGUGGUCAGGAUCCCUAGAGAUCUGAUGGAUUGAGCUUGUUGUCUGCACAUCCCACAGUUGCAGAUCACUUUAAAUGCUCAAGGCACAAUACAUCUUUAAUGCAUUUGAUAGAAUGUGUGCUCAUUAAUGUGUUGUAUAGUUGCAUGCUGAAAUCAUUAUAGGUUUUGCACAAUAAAUGUAAAUGUUUUGCAGAAUGCUACAUCAUAAGCUCGCCUCCUUAGUCACACCCCUUCACACCAGAAAAAGACUUCCUUAUCAAAAGGUGUGUACACAGUCUUGGCUCCAACAGCACAGAGUGAGUGGCUUUUAAAUCACAACCUGGCUGCAGAAAGAUAAACUACAUACCAUGAUAUCUUUACUAUAUGCCUCCCUGGGUGUACUCUCCUUCUAAUGCAGGUUGUUUUGUUCAGAUAAUUCAGUGCUGUCAAUGGCUGAGCAGUGCAUGCCUUCUGAUAAGGAAUUAUUUUUCUGAAGUGAGGGGGUGUGGCUAAGAAGGUUGGCUUAUGGUGCAGCAUUCUGCAAAACAUUUAUUUUUUCGUUCUGCAAAAAAAUAUAAAAAUUUGAGCAUGAAAAAAUUAGAGCAUAUUAAUGAGGCCAAAACCUAUCAAAUACAGUAAAGUAGUAUUGGUGCCCAUAUUGUCCCUUUAAUUAUGGCUGCCUUCAUAGAGCUAAGAGAGGCAAUGAAAAGAAAGAUUUGUGAUUGUGUAUAUAUCAUGAAAUAAAAUGUAAUUUUUUAAAAAUAAUUGUAAAGAACUUAUGACAAAAAUAUUAGGUAAACAUAUUUUUAUUAUUAAUAAUCACUUUAAUAGUACUUAAUACUUAUAUUUGUAUAUAAUGAUGUAACCUUGUGUUUUAAAGUAUUAUGAACUAGAUUAGUAUUUUUUGUUACAUCAGUAAAACUUCAACUGUAAAGCUUCUCAAGCUAAAAUCUGCUAUCUGGAAAAAUCUUGUUAUAAUAAAUGUAUUGUACAGCAUCAUGCUAUGCCAUGUGUUUAAAAUAAGGCUUUCUUAAUCAUUGUUUGUAGAGGCCCUGUUUUCACACAAUAGUUCCUUGCAGGAGUAUAUGUAAGAAGGCACAGUCAACAGGCUGAAAUUAUAAUAUUAUAGUACAGAAUAUUAGAAGUUAGCGAAUGCCUGGGCUAAUCCGUUGUGGGAGAGUAAUCGGAGCAUAGCUCAUAAUUACCAGGAAUUCCUUGCCGAAUUCAAGCUCACGUUUGAGCCAUUGGGUAGAGAGGAUGACGCCUCCACUGCCCUAAUGCACAUCAGACAAGGUAACCGGUCUAUCUCGGAUUAUGCUAUUGAAUUCCGUACCUUAGCUUCCGAGGUAGACUGGACUAACAAUGGGUUAAUCUUGGCAUUCAAAAAGGGUCUCUCAGAGACUAUACUAGAUGAGAUAGCCGCUAAAGAAUUACCUAAGAGUCUUAACGAAUUUAUUAAGUUUGUCAUGCAUAUUGAUAAUAGGUUAAGACUUAGAGAAGUCACCAGAAGCAAGACCAGACGUACGGCUAUGUCCCUAGCACCUCAAUUCUCUAAACCUGUUUUGUCUAACCUCUCUGUACAGUCCGAACCCGAACCUAUGCAGUUGGGGGUCACUAGACUGUCAGAGGCCGAAAAACAGUAUAGGAGAAGGGAGGGGUUAUGCCUAUAUUGCGGUAGAAAGGGACAUAUGAUAACUAAUUGUCCAGUGCGUCCGGAAAACUUCCGCACCUAAGAACCUUAAGGGGACAGAUCUUAGGUGUGAUGGAGUUGUCCUCUAACAAAAACAAAAGUAGAUUCCUCCUUGAGGUAUCUAUUUCCCUUGAUAACAAGAAGUUUUCUUGCAGUGCCCUAAUGGACUCAGGUGCUGCUGGAAAUUUUAUUGAUGUCCAGUUUAUUAGGGGUAAUGAGAUACCGGUCAGGGAGAGACCUACGCCGCUAGCUGUAGAGGCUAUUGAUGGUAGACCACUCACACAACCGCUUAUAACCCACGAAACUGUCCCUAUUACGAUCUCCAUUGGGGCCUCCCAUAGGGAGGAGAUGACGUUUCAGGUUAUUACUUCUCCAUCAUGUCCUAUCAUAUUAGGGUUUCCGUGGCUGAAUAAGCACAAUCCCUAUAUUGACUGGGCUAAUGGGGAGAUAUUAGAAUGGGGUAAAGAGUGUAUGGGGAGAUGUAUAAAACCAGUACUAAAGAGAUUGGAUACUAUUGACCUUCCCACUACCACUCCCCAAACUCCUGGAGUUCCCAUACAAUACCGAGAACUUCAGGAGGUGUUUAACAAGGCUCAAUCCGAUGUAUUGCCUCCCCACAGAGCAUAUGACUGUGCCAUUAACCUGUUUCCAGGCGCUAUGCCACCUAAGGGGGCAGUUUAUGCCUUAUCUCCCCAGGAGAGUAAAAUAAUGGAGGAAUACAUCAAAGAAUCCUUGAGCAAAGGGCACAUAAGAAAGUCAUCCUCACCAGCUGGUGCAGGAUUCUUUUUUGUUGAGAAAAAGGGUGGUGAGUUACGCCCUUGCAUAGACUACAGGGCACUUAAUAAAAUCACUGUAAAAAAUGCAUACCCUAUUCCACUCAUUUCCGAAUUGUUCGAUAGACUUCAGGGAGCUAAAGUAUUUACUAAGCUUGACCUUAGGAGCGCUUACAAUUUGGUUAGAAUUAAAGAGAAUCAUGAGUGGAAGACGGCAUUUAAUACCCGUAGUGGACACUAUGAAUAUCUGGUAAUGCCAUUUGGGUUAUGCAACGCCCCGGCCGUAUUCCAAGACUUUAUAAAUGAUGUACUCAGGGAAUUCAUUUACUCAUUUGUCUUGGUUUAUUUGGACGAUAUUUUGGUGUAUUCCCCUGAUCUUCAAACUCACCACUCCCAUGUGAAACAGGUUCUGCAGACGUUGUUGAAAAAUAAACUUUAUUGUAAAUUAGAAAAGUGCAUAUUUGACCAGCCUGAAGUCCACUUUUUGGGUUACAACAUCUCUGCAUCGGGAUUUCAAAUGGAUCCUAAAAAACUAGAGGCUGUACUACACUGGCCAUUACCCUCUGGUUUAAAAGCCAUUCAAAGGUUUAUUGGUUUUGCCAACUAUUACAGAAGAUUCAUCAAGGGAUUUUCUUCUGUAAUAGCCCCAAUCACAAAUAUGACUCGCAAAGGGGUUAGUAGCACGGUAUGGUCCAAAGAGGCUGUGAAUGCUUUUGAGACUCUUAAACAAAGAUUUGCCUCUGCGGACAUACUAAAACAUCCUGACACCAGUAAACCUUUUAUAUUGGAGGUUGAUGCAUCCGAGACAGGGGUAGGGGCUGUUCUCUCUCAGAGAGAAAGCCAGGGAACACCAUUGCAUCCUUGUGGCUACUUCUCCAGAAAGAUGUCUCCUGCUGAGCGCAACUAUGAUAUUGGCAAUAGAGAACUGUUGGCCAUUAUUCUUGCCCUCAAGGAGUGGCGACAUCUUUUGGAGGGUUCCAAGGACCCCCUGUUGAUCAUAACCGACCACAAAAAUCUGGCAUAUAUAGGGGAUGCCAAACGUUUGUCUUCCAGACAGGCUAGAUGGUCACUGUUCCUUUCACGUUUUAACUUUCUCAUUACUUAUAGACCUGGUUCUAAAAAUACCAAGGCUGAUGCCUUGUCCAGGCAAUUUGAUAAUGAGUCAGCUCCGGAACAGGUGACAUCUCCUAUUAUUCCACCAGAGUGUAUUAUUGCUACUACUGUCCUCUCACUGUCUUCUCCACUGCUUGGCACCAUACUGGAGGCCCAGCCUCAGGCGCCCAGUGGUAAACCGUGUGAUAAACUGUUCGUUCCCCUAUGUGAAAGGGUUAAUAUCAUGAAAGUGUUCCAUGACAAUAUAACUGCUGGACACCCGGGCAUCAAUAAGUCCACUGCCGCGAUCACUAGAUCAUUUUGGUGGGAUUCACUCAGGAAAGAUGUAAAGGAGUAUGUGCAGGCAUGUUCUGUGUGUGCAGUUUCUAAGGUGACUCAUGCACUUCCUUGUGGCCUGUUGCAGCCUCUUCCUGUUCCUGAGAUUCCAUGGUCCCACCUAUCCAUGGACUUUAUUGUUGAGCUUCCUAGCUCUGCUGGGUUCACUACUAUUCUCAUGGUUGCAGACCGAUUUUCUAAGAUGGCUCACUUCAUUCCUCUCAAGAAGUUGCCAUCUUCGAAAGAUUUGGUCCUAAUUUUCAUACGUGAAAUUGUCCGUUUGCAUGGCAUCCCCCACAAUAUUGUGUCUGAUAGGGGCUCUCAGUUUGUGUCCAGGUUCUGGAGGGUGUUCAGUAAACAAUUGAGGAUUGAUCUCUCCUUCUCCUCCUCCUACCAUCCACAGACCAAUGGUACAGCUGAGAGGGCUAACCAGUCAUUAGAAGUUUAUUUGCGUUGUUUUAUUAAUAGCACACAGGACAAUUGGUCCUAACUACUCCCGUGGGCCGAUUAACUAUGGAGGCCUUGGGAUACCAGUCAGUAAAAAUUAGAGAUGUCAGUAAUUUUUGGAAGGAAAAAAUGGAGAGUAUGGUCAUAUAAAGAUUGAAUAUAUUAACAAUAGUUGUGGAAUAUGUGGCGCUGAGUAAUUAAUGUGAAUAGUGUAUUAUAGCUGCUGUAUACACUCUAUGGGUACUCCUAAAAGCCCACCAUACAAAGAUAAACACCAAAAGACAGAAAAGAUUUCAGACCUAAUGGGUGUUACCACCCCUUAGGUCUUCUAUCUUUAAGAGUGCAGCGCUGUAUAGUAUGUGAAAACACAGUGAAUUACCUGUGAAUCAAAGACAAUUAUCCUUUAUAUUCUUCAAUGUAAUAUACAUACAAAAGAAAACAGAAAUAUAUACAGAUAAUUGUGCAGUAUAUCUAAUACUUUAGUGAAGUGUUUAGUGAGUAACAGAUAUAUUUCAGAUAUACACACAAUCCAACUAAUAACUCUAAAUAUAUACACACGGACUUGAAAGCAAAAUCCACUUUUUUUCCGAAUAAUUUCAUAUCUAAAAAAUGACCACCUUUGAAAAAUUAGUGAUGCAGGAUAUAAAUAAAAUAAAACCUAGAAAUAAGAAACAUAUGAACUUAAGUAAAGAAGAAUGGCUAGCCUUGAAAGCACUACAGAAAGAUAAAAAUAAGGUUAUAAAACCAGCGGAUAAAGGUGGAGGGAUUGUUAUUAUGAAAACGGAAGAUUACCUCAGAGAGGGACUCAGAUUAGUAGAAGACACAGUAACAUAUCAAAAACUAAAUGGAGACCCAACAAUCAGUAUCAAAAAUAAAUUCGACAACCUACUGAGUAAAGGAAAAGAAAUAGAAAUAUUAAAUGAAAAGGAAUAUAAGUACAUCAACAUUGUUAAACCAAAAAUCCCAGUCUUCUACCACCUUCCCAAAAUCCAUAAACAUUUAACCAACCCUCCAGGUAGACCGAUAGUCUCAGGGAUAGAUUCUGUAUCCAGUAGGCUAUCGGAACACCUAGACAAAUGUCUACAACCUCUGGUUCAAAAAACUCCAAAUUAUCUUAAGGACACACUAAACAUCAUACAAACACUACAGCAUAUACAAUGGGAACCCAACUAUAUUCUAGUAACGGCAGACGUUAGUUCCCUUUAUACCAUCAUUUCACAUAUGAAAGGGCUAGAAGCAGUAGAAUUUUUUCUCAAAAAGGAUAACAUUUAUCCAGAAGAACAAAUAAGUUUUAUUAUGGAAGGAAUAGAUCUUAUCCUUUACAAUAAUUAUUUCUGGUUCAACAAUGAAUUCUUUUUACAGAAAGUCGGUACCGCUAUGGGGACAAGGUUCGCUCCGAGCUACGCAAAUCUAUUUAUGGCUUACUGGGAAUCACAAUUUAUAGACAAUAAUUUGGAAUGGGGAGCGAGCCUUGUCUCCUAUAAGCGGUACAUAGACGAUAUUUUUUAAUCUGGAAUGGUUCAGUGGAUCUUUUAAAAACAUUUUUAACCUUUCUAAACACAAAUGACUGGGGAGUGACAUUAACCACAGAAUACAACAAAGAAAGUGUUAAUUUUUUAGAUUUAACUAUUUUUAUAGAAGACAACAGUAUUAAAACCAAAACUUUCUUUAAACGGUAGAUGUAAACAAUUAUAUCUACCUAAACAGUUGCCAUUUUUCUCCCUGGUUAAAAAAUAUACCUAAAGCACAACUUAUGAGAGUUCGUAGAAACUGCACUGAUCAAAGCACUUUUAAGAUACAGGCCAUUAAAAUUAAACAAGAUUUUAUGGAAAAAGGAUAUGAAGAAAUCUCUCUCACAAAUACUAUAGAAGAAGUUAAAACCAUGGAAAGAACCUCAUUGCUAAAAUAUAAACCAAAAAGCAUAAAUACAAAUACAAAUUUGCCAUUUAUUUGUAAUUUUAAUCAAGAAAGUCACAAAAUCAAACAAAUAAUAAAUAAACACUGGCCUAUGUUAAGGAACGAUCCUAUGCUAUACUCUAUAUUACCAGAGAGACCGAAAUUAGUGUAUAGAGGAGCUCCUAACUUAAAACAAAAAUUGACACAUAAUCACAUCAAAGAAAAUACACCUAUCCCCUUUUUUCAGAAAGAAGGUUUUUUUGGCUGUGGACAGUGUCUAGCUUGUAGAAGCACAAAAAGCACAAAAAGGCACAUUACAGAAUUCUACGACCCUAAAGGGGAGAAAAAAUACAAGAUACGCCAAAUGAUCACAUGUUUUUCUAAGAGGGUUAUAUACGUUUUAAAGUGUUCUUGUAAUUUAUUCUAUGUUGGUAGAACGAAACGUCCCCUAAACACGAAUAAAUGAACAUAUCAGAAACAUUAAAAAAGGGUACGAUAAACAUAGUGUUUCAGAACACUUUAGCUUAAUACAUAAUAAAGACCCACAAUUUCUAGAAUUUAUGGCUAUUCAGAAAAUCUCACUUAACUGGCGAGGGGAAGAUGAAAUUAGAAAAUUAGGAAAAAUUGAAACAAAAUGGAUUUUUAAUCUUAAUACUUUAGCCCCCACAGGUCUAAAUGCAGACUUUGAAUUAUGCCAUUUUCUAUGAACCAGACUAUUUAUAUAUAUAGAAUACACUUAUCAACAUCAUCGUCUCUCAUUGGGUCUAUUUUUUCUUCACUUUUCCAUAUAAGAGUCCCCACUGCUUCAAAUAAUGAAUAAUUAAAUGUAUUUAUUUUUAUACUAAUUUUAUACAUUUAAAAUAAUUAGAACAAAAAGCAGUUGGAAUUUUAGAAACAAACAAAAGGUGGAAUAUGUCUGCACAAAUAUGAUUUCAUAAGAAUGCACACUUUGAAACAAAAGCCACUUUUUUCCACUAUGUUUAAGUUUUGCAUGUUUUUUAUAUAAGAGAUACCAUUGCUUAUAAUAGAGAUUAGAUUGUAUGAGUAACAAAAGAGUUUUAAUAUAAUUGAAGUUAUGGCUCUUUAAAAAUUAUAACACAUAUGGAGAAAUAGAAGUGUAUAAGCAGGAUGCUAUAAAGAUAUAUUUUCUAAAGACAAGGAAUAUACAAUAACAUUUUACUACAAUGUUUUUCUUUUAUUUUAUUUUCAUUGUAAACUGUAUAUGAGCCGAAGAGGGCUCUAAUAUGAACUGAAUAAAACUCCCAGUGCGGACUAUAUUUCCCACAAAGAACCGGACGAAAACCGGAAGUGACGCGCUAAGCGCAAAGCACUCUGGAUCGUGUAGUGCCGAAAACCCGGAAGUGACGCGACGGCAUUUUAGCCGCGUCACAGGACACAAAAAGACUCAUUUGAUUGGAAGAAGACAUUUUAGGCGGGAUUUUGGACGCUUAAAUUACAGAAUACCAAGAGGACACUCACAAGCUGACUGAGGAAGCCGUUUUUACCGGCGAAACGCGUUUUGGCUUUUAAAGUGGACUCAUCAUUUUUCCUAAAACCACUAAUACUUGCAAUACUUUGUUCUUAUUCAAUAUUUUUUAUUUUCUAGAAAUAUUUUUAUACUGUUUUUAUAUACUUUGUAAUAAAUUCCCUUAUUUUAUACAAUCCACUGUAUCCAGCACCAGUGAUUCCAGGGAAGGGGCUGUGUCACCCCACAAAUUGACACUCGGCCUAUAUACUUAGAGCCAGUUACCAAAAGGCUCUAAAUAAGGUGAGCACUUUAAUUUAUUAUUCAUAUGAAAAUAUUACAAAGGAUGCUACACUUAGUUGGAUAAUUCUGUGUCUUUUAUAUACGCUGGGGAGAGGAAAAUACACACUUAACCUGGAGAGAGGGGUCGUGUGAUCUACCCUUAAAGACACAGACGCACGGAAGUUUAGAGCCUAAUUCACUUGAAAAGGCUCUAAAAAAUGUGAGUGGAGAUAUAUCUGUUACUCACUAAACACUUCACUAAAGUAUUAGAUAUACUGCACAAUUAUCUGUAUAUAUUUCUGUUUUCUUUUGUAUGUAUAUUACAUUGAAGAAUAUAAAGGAUAAUUGUCUUUGAUUCACAGGUAAUUCACUGUGUUUUCACAUACUAUACAGCGCUGCACUCUUAAAGAUAGAAGACCUAAGGGGUGGUAACACCCAUUAGGUCUGAAAUCUUUUCUGUCUUUUGAUGGUCAUAUAAAGCCCUGGACAAAAUAAAUAGAAUAUUAUUAUUUUAUUUUAUUUUAAGGUAACGGAAUAGAGGUUCCACUGAUACUCCCCAAGGAGAGUUUGCAAUGCAUAAUAGUGUUUGUUUUUGUAUGUUUGUUAUGUCUAUCACAUUAAUGAAGGCACAUAAAGUUAACUAAUUAAGAUAAGAUGAUAUAAUAAUAAUAAGAGAAUUAGGAUGACUUAUACGGAUAAAUAUAAUGCACUUUAAUCUUAGAGGAAAUGCUGGAUUAAAAUUCUGGCAUGAUUGGUGACCCUGUUAGUAUGGUAUUUGGAUUAGUUUUAUGUAAUAAUAUUUUUGAGUACAAGAUAAGGGGAAUAAGCACUAAUACAGGAAUAUGUGUAAGUUAUAUGUUUCAUCCAACCGGAGGUAAAUGUCUACAUUCUUUUUUUUAUAUUCAUUAUUGUUGAUGGCAAUGUCUUGUAUGUCUUUAUAAGAAAAACGAAAUAAAUAAAUUUAUAAAAAAAAAAAAGACUUGCCACCCACCGAGGGUUUUUUAUUUUUAGAUCAGGCGUUUAAUCCGCACAUGAAGCCCUAAAUUCUCCUGAGGCUACCCUUGCCCAUGGGCUUCCAUGUUCCUCCAACAGUUUGAUUGCGCCUGAUAAAAACAGUCUCUUGAAAAAGCAAGGUAAGAAAACCAAAAAAGGAAUGACAGAGAGAAAGAGAGGAAAAAGGUGUAGAAUAAGAAAAAAGUUGAGGGGAGGGAGGGGAGGGAGAAGGGGGGGGGAGGAAACCCGGAACUGCCCCCCUCCCCCCCAUUUUAUGCGAUGGCUAUCUCCCUCGAGGGGCGGUCUUCCUAUGCUGGCAUGGUUUCACUCCCUUGUCCGGUCGCCCUCAGUUUCCCCUCGAACCCACUAAGCUAUUGUCCCAUGGCUCCCAUAGUCUCCGGAAUGCUUCCGAUGUCCCCCUUACCCUAGCUGUCAGGUCGUCCAUAAUUUUACAUUCUCUAAUCCUGGAUAUCACCCCUGGGAACCCAGGGCCCUCUGGGGAGAGCCAAGCAGUUGCUAUUGCUCUACAUGCACUUAGAGUGAUCUUAUGUAUUAGUUUCUGCUCUCUCUUAGUCCACCCAUCCAGUGAUCUAUUUAACAAAUAUACCCACGGGUCCAUAUCCAGGGGCCUGUCAAAGAUCUGUCUCAGCAAGUCCUCCACCGACUUCCAGAAACUACAUACCUUCGGGCAAUCCCACCACAUAUGCAUGUACGUUCCUCGAGCUCUGCAACCCCUCCAGCAGUCAUCUGUGUCCAUUUUACGCAUUCUAAAGAGCUUGGGUUCUUGGGUUUCGGCUCCUGACCUGCAUGCGGGCCGUAAGAUCCGCGCUUUUCACGCUAAAUUUCCUCUCAAACCUGGUCCUGUCCGCCCGGUGGGCGUUCUUCAGGUGGGGGGUAAUGUCACAUAUUCAUCCGCUUAUAGAAAUGUGGUUAAUGACAUUUACUCUCCACACAGGAAAAGUUGUGCCGAGCAGCAACCUAAUCCACAGAAGGGUUAAUGCUGAGCAGCAAUUAUGCAAAUGAAACCUGGUAACUGACUUUGGGGUCAAAGGCCAGUUACAGCCUAUCAGAACUAAAGGAGGGGUAUUUAGGCCCAGUUCUCAGCCUGCUCAGUGCCCUGUCGUGGUUUCCCUUGUGGUUGUCCGAGAGCGCGUUCCUGUUUAUAGUUUUCUACCUGGUUUUUGACUUUGGCUUUGUUUAUUGACUUCUCUAUAUUCUGGUAUCCUGACUCCUGGCUUUCCUCAUCGCUGUGUCCCUUUCUGUGUUCCCUGACCUCGGCUAGUAUUUUUGACUAUUCUUUGUACGUUAAAUCCGGCCAUUCUAAGGACCGGUAAUACGUUACUUAUUUAUCAUCCGUGCUGUACAGUUCUACGUGCUGGAUCAAACAGUAAUCCUGACAAGAUGUCCUGGGUCUGCUGUUAGAUGAAUUCCUAAAUAUUUCAGGGAGUCUGUUUCCAUCCGAACUUGGUAGGUCUCCCGUAUUCGAUCUGUGUCUGCCACCUUCUUUCCAACUGGCAUAGCACCGGACUUAUGGAUAUUUGCUUUAUAUCCGGACAUCUCCCCAUAUUCCUUUAUUACGUCCUGCAGUGCCGCCAUCGACUCCAUCGGGUUCGUGAUAGUCAGGAGGACGUCAUCCGCAUAGGCCGAAUCCUUAAAUUCUCUGUCUCCGACUCUAACUCCCCUGAUAUUCAGGUGCCUUCGUAUUGCCUGUAGCAGGGGCUCUAAUGCCAGCACAAAGAGAAGGGGGGAAAGUGGGCACCCCUGUCUGGUUCUGUUUUAUAACCUAAAUGGCUUCAGCGGAGCUCCCGUUAUCCGUACCUGUGCCCGCACAUUAUGGUACAUUGCUUUUGUAAUUGUUACAUACUCCUCCGGGAAGCCCAAGUGUGUCAACAAUGCGAACAUGAAUUGCCACCGAACCCUGUCGAAGGCCUUUUCUGCAUCAAUCGAAAACACCAAUGUGGGCAUCCCGGUGACCACUUGUUUCCAAAUCAGGUCUAUAUUCCUCCUGGUAUUCUCAAACAAUUGCCUGCCUUGAAUAAAGCCGACCUGGUCAGCGUGUAUGAGUGAGUUUAACAACGGGUUCAACCUGUCCGCUUGCAUCCUUGCUAGGAUCUUCAUGUCGUGGUUGAUUAACGAUAUGGGCCUAUAAUUUUCGGGCUGAAGCGGAUCUUUUCCUGGUUUGGGCAGUAACACAAUGGUAGCUAGGGCAUGUCAGGGUCCAGGUGUCUUCCCUGUCUCAGGUUGUCAAAGAGCCUCACCAGUUGAGGCGUGAGCUCCUCCCUGAAGGACGUGCCGCCGAAGCCAUCUGGUCCUGGUGCUCUAUUGCCUUUCAGACCUGAUAUAGCUCUAUCCACUUCGUCCUUUGUGAUUUCCGUUGCCAGGCCACUUACUGCUUCUCUAUUCAAUCUGGUCAUCCUCAGGGCAUCUAAGUAUUUGAGAAUGUGCUCCUUCUCUUGCCCAUCCUAGGAGUUCUCAUCCGGUGUGUGAUUAGUAUAAAGACUUCAGCAACGUCCAUUGGCAUUGAUUUUACCGUACCUCUGGGUGCCUAAUGGCUGUGACAUGUGCCCAUUCCUGUCUGGGUCUAAGCGACCUGGCCAGUAGAGUGUCCAUCUUGUUGGCCUUUUCAUAAUAUGCCCAUUUUGACCAGACUAUGGACCUGGCCGUAUCGUCCAGUAGUAAUGUACGGAUAUUUCUACUCACUGCAUCCAGCUGCCUGUAGAUCUCCUCAGCUGAGGUCAUGUGGUGUUUCUGCUCAAGGGUCCUAAGCUGUCCCAGUAGGGUCUCCAACUUUUGAUGUUUCAUUUUCUUCUUUCUAGUAGCCAACUUGAUGAGGGCCCCCCUCACCACCGCCUUAUGCGCCGCCCAUACCGUGCUAGCACUCACUUCCAGGGUGUUAUUCAUGUUGAAGUAUUUUGAUAUCUCCCUCCGGAUCUGCUCUGUUAACUCCGGGUCCUGCACCAAGGACGUGUUCAGUCUCCACGUCCAUGGGGAAGCUACACACAGGUUGCCCAGUCUGAUAGAUACAUCAGCAUGGUCUGACCAUAAUAUAUUACCUACUGUUGACCCCACUAUUCGAGACAUACCUGUCGCGUUUCCGAAGAAUAGGUCUAUUCUUGAGUAUGUUUCACGAGGGACAGAGUAAAAGUAAUAAUCUUUAUCUCCCGGGUGGUGCGCUCACAACACAUCCACCAUACCUGUGUCUGCUAUGAAUUCUCUGAGCAGCCGGUCCUAACCUCCCCUCCCAUGGGACCUUGGAGCUCCUUCUCGUGUGCUCCUGUCUACAGCUGGGCACGGGACCGCAUUAAAAUCACCCCCCAUGAGGAUCAUGCCUUGUGGCAACACUAAACCGGGAUCAGGUUGGUUCGGCGCGUAGAUAUUUAUCAGAUGGAUGGUGUGUGAAUGCAAGGUGCUCGUAAUUAUAAUGAAGCGGCCCUCUGGAUCAGCCUCAUGAGUGACCAUCUGGAAGGGGCAGCUGUGUCGUAUAAGAAUAGCCACACCGUUUCGUUUGCGAUAAGACCUAGCUUCAUAUGAUCCCACAUAUGUAUGGUUUCGCAAUCUGAAGCUGGCCUGUUUAGGCAGGUGGGUCUCCUGAACGCACACUAUGUACGAUUUCAUCCUCUUUAGUUCUCUAAACAUAAGACAACACUUCCUUGGGGCAUUGAGGCCCUUAAUGUUCAAUGAGGUGAUCUUGACCUCCAUUGUAUUCUAUGUUCCUCUAUGGUCUUGUCACCGUAUCUUUUACCCUCUUGCACCUUGCUAUUGAGCACGGGCUUCCCCCCCUGAGGACCACUCCCCUGAAACCUCCCCCCCGUUGCAACCCAGAAAACAAGCCAUCGGUAAAUAGCCCUUUAGCCUGAGGUUGUGGAAUCAUUUGUAGUUGAAGCAUUUAACAUAGCUCCCCCAUCCCAGGGUUUCCAUCUGCAAAUAUUCAUCUGGUCUGAUGUCCAAGCCAUUUGCAUAGUAUAUGUUACAAUCUAUGUACAAAAACUAUACUUCUCCCCCUUUAAGCAUGUUAACACAUUUUAACACUAGAAUAGAGUACAACUAUGUAUGGACUCAGUACUUGUUAGAUUCUUGUGGCCCACCUUUUCAUUUUCCUUUAUGAUUCUCAUGUAUUUUCAUUGUAAGAAAUUCCCCCCUUUUUUGGGGGGAGGGGGGAGGGAUUUUGUUUUUAUUCAUAGGUAUAAAGUGUAGUAUAUAUAGAGCGAUAUGAAAUUACUGGGGGGGUGGCUCCUGUUUUCCGUGCUAACUGCACAACAUCCCUAUAACAGUAGGCAGGCCUCUUUUAUAUGAAAACCCCCCUUAAGCGGGCAUCACGAUCGGGCGUCUUGCAUUCUGAUCAUAAUCAUUUCAAUUAGUAAAAACAGUUGCAUACGUAUAUAGUACAUUCCGCCUUCAACAAGGUUACCUCCCCCCACUUGUGUCUAUAUAAACAAGAUAAUGUUAAAGCAGUGCGGGGAAAAACUGUAACUAAUUUAGCUUUUUGUGUGUAAAUCUUUUUGAUUUCUUGCAAUUUCUCCUGCAUAGUGGGGUUUUUGUUUUUUAAUUAUUAUUAUAUUUUUUGGGGGGGGCGGGGGGGUUGUUUGUAUUCUUACGUAUAAAGUAUAGUAUAUAAAGAGUAAUACUAAAUUAAAUUAUUGGGGGGCGCUCCUGUUUUCAUGCAAACUGCACGACAUCCCCUUAGCAGUAGGCAGGCCUCUUUUGUAUUACAACCCCCCUUAGACGUGCACCCCUAUCUGCCGUCAAGCAUUCUGAUCACGGGCCGUUCGGUUAGUAAAAACAGUUGCAUACAUAUAUAGUACAUUCCGCCUUCGAUAAGGUUACCUCCCCCCCCAGUGACCCCAUAACCAGGGUAAUGUCAUAACUGUGUUGAAAAAAACCUGUAACAGAAUUUGCUUUUGUGUGUAAAUCUUUUCAAUUGUUACAAUUUCCAUAUAUGGCAGGUUUUUUUUUUUUGUGGUUUAAAAUGUUUUACAACUGUAUGUACAGAUAUAUGUCCAAUAAAUUAUACAGGGGAUCAGUGAUGAAUAUACAUAUAGUGACCUCCGCCUCACCUGUGCCCCAAAGUCCCAGGGCGACCACCGCUCCGCUUCAAAUUCCAGAGGAUGAGAUGCCCCCCCGAAUCUAAGUAGGCUGCUAAGGACCCAACGUAGGGGUAGAACAGCCCAAAAGGGAAGAAUGACUAACAAUCGAGGCCCAGUCCCAAAAUCAUGCCAUCCCGUGCAGCCCUGUAGUCCCCGAGAAGGUGCCAUACAAUAGAACUGUCCCCCGAGGCCACACUGGCAGGUGUACAAGAUCCAAUGCCCCCGUUCCCCAACCAAAACCGUAACUCUGGCACCAGAACCAGUGGGGCACCCAUCGACCCACCAGAACACCAGAUUAAGGCAGCCUCCCGUCAUGAAAAAAAACCUCUCCCAAACAUGGAAAACAUCAGACUCAUGGAAGACCCCUUACCCCGUCAUCCACCCGCAACUUGAGAUCUCGUUCACCCACACCCAAAUCAAGGCCUUUUUACCAUGGCAAAAACAUACGAUACCCUCUGUAGCUAGCGAUGACCCCUCACUCCUGCCUCCUGCCACUCGGUCUGCAUCAGGGGUAGGUCCUCCGGUACAUCGCCAUGUUAGGAAUGUUGGGGGCGGUUGGACACCGAGACCCCGGAACAAGUGCUGUGGAUCACCUCCCAGCGCCAGAAUGUGUGCCCGGUCUCCCUGGAACACCAUCAAUUUGAAGGGGAAUCCCCAGGCAUACUUGAGGCCUGCUCCUCGUAGAGCCUCUGUUAUGUGUCGCCAAUCCCUCCUCCGCUGGAGCGUGGAAGGAGCCAGAUCCUGGUAGAGGGAGAUCUGAGUCCCAGCGUACCCUUCUUUAUCAGCGCUUCCUUGGUUCUGUAGUGGAGGAAACAAAUUAUCAUGUCCUUGGGGCAUUCGCGUCAGCUCUCUGGGCACGCAGAGAGAGCCCUGUGUGCCCUCUCCAUGUGCCAUUGUUCCUCUAAGAGAUUUGGAAGGAGAGGCUUCAGGAUGGUAAAUAGGAGCCCUUGUAAGUCCUCACCAUUCCCCUCCGGCAGGCCCCUCUAGCAGAGAUUGUUCCGACGCGACCGGUUCGCCAUAUCUUCAACAGCCAGGUCAGUCUUCACCAUGUGCGCUGUUAGGUGAUACGCCCGGCAGCCACCGCAUUGUGGGCCUGUGUGGUCGCCUCAAUGCGUUCCUCUAACUUCGCGGUCCGCUCCCCCAGGGCGCCUUUGUCGGCCUGCAGAACCACUGUUGAUUUGGCUAUUUCCCCUGCGAGGUAAGCUCAGACCUCCGCGAGUUUUGCCAACACCUUUUCCUGUUCGGCGGAGGAGGCCUCCCUGUCUGCACGAGGCGAUGCCUGCGGGGACCCUCCGUCACCAUCUUGGCUCCCCAACCGGCCAUGCUUCUGCGCCGUGAGGAAGUCGAGGACUGUACACCCAGGCUCUGGGCCUUUCUCUGCCUGCUUCUUAGGGAGUCUCUUCUCCAUGACGGGGAGCAAGGUACGGAAAGAUGCUUUAGAAUAGGUCGAUUUGAUAGCUUUUCGGCGCGUUUAGAGUGGAGCUCUAGUGAGACACAUCCAGUCUUCUCGACGUUCAGACCACCACUAACCUAGAUUUCAGUAAGGCUUUUGACACUGUUGCACAUAGAAGCAGGGACGUACCUAGAGCAUUUGGCACCCGGGGCGGAUCCUGUGCUUGGCACCCCCCUCCCCCCCAAAAAAAAAAAACUAUAAAAAAUGUUAAAGGUUUUCUUUCUUUUUUUUUUACAAUUUGUAAACUUUGCAAACCCUGUCCUGCCCUACGCCCCUGCCUACAAAUCCUGUCUGCCCCUCUACAAAACCCCCGCAACCCCCUUCCACAAAUCCCCUGCUUAUCCCCCCUUACAAAGACUCCUGUCCCAAUGCAAACCCCCCGCCCCCUUCUACAAAAUCCCUGCAGCCCCACACACACAUUUACAGGCAGACAGUCACACACUCAGUUACAGACAGACAGUCACACGCUCAGUUACAGGCAGACAGUCACACACAGUCACAGGCAGACAGUCACACACAGUCACAGGCAGACGGUCAACACAUACAUGGAGACACUGUCGGCCCCAGCUCCGCACCUUCCCUCCGGCUGGGGCCGGUGCAAGGAUUUUUGCGCCCUAGGCAAAGUAAAAUUUGCCGCCCCCCAUGUGACAUCACAAUGCCCCACCCAUGUGAUUUGCCAUGUUAACUAACGCCAGUGCUGCAGUGCCGCCGUGUUUACAUUAAAGGCCUGCAGGGACAGGCUAUAGACACCAGAACCACUACAUUAAGCUGAAGUGGUUCUGGGGACUAUAGUGUUUCUUUAAUGUGAGGUAAAUUAGAGCUUAGUGCCGCGAAUAAUAUACUAGAUUGCCUACUUACAACCAGAUGAGGAUGAUGAUGGGCUCUAGCUGCAGUCUGGCUCCACUGGUCUGGUGCAGAACAGGCUCUCUGGAGGCGGUUUGUAACUGUGGUCACAAAAAAUCAAUGUUCUGGGAGAACGGGAAGCAGCUCCAUUUUUUGGGGGUCCUUUACACAGCUCAAGGUCUGGGUCCCAGGGUCCACCUUCAUGUUCCACCAAUGAGUUUGUUCACAGGGGGUGGAGUGUGUAGGGGAUGUCCUGAUAUGUGUGUAGGGAAUGCAUUGUGUGAAUCUGAGUUUGUAUGUGUAAGGGCUGCAAGGUGUGUUUCUGUGAAUGUACAGGAUGCAGUGUGUGCGUGUGUAAGGGGUGCAUUGAGUGUGUGUAAUGAAUGCAUUGUGUGUUUGUGUGUGUGUAGGGAUGCAUUGUGUGCAUUGCUUGUGUAUGUGUGUCUGUGUGUGUAAUGCAUUGUGUGUUUUCUGUGUGCAAGGGUGCAUUGUGUGUAUGUGAUGAAUGUCAAUCUCUCCUCCAUCCCAAUUUCCUUCUCCUCCUCCCAAUUUCUCUCUCACCCCCCCCUCCUAAUUUCUCUUUCCCCCCUCCUAAUAUCUCUUCCCCCCUCCUAAUUUCAAUUUCUCUUUCCCCCCUCCUAAUAUCUCUCCCUCCCUCCUAAUAUCUCUCCCUCCCUCCUAAUUUCUCUUCCCCCUCCUAAUUUCUCUCUCACCCCCUCUCUCCUUUCUCACCCCCCUCCUUUCUCUUUCUCUCCCCCCCUCCUUUCUCUUCUCACCCCCCCUUUCUCCUUCUCACCCCCCUUUCUCCUCUUUCUCACCCUCCCUUCUCACCCUCCCUUUCUCCUCUUUCUCACCCCCUCUCUCUCUCACCCCCUCUCUCCUUUCUCACCCCCCUCCUUUCUCUUUCUCUCCCCCCCUCCUUUCUCUUCUCACCCCCCCUUUCUCCUUCUCACCCCCCUUUCUCCUCUUUCUCACCCUCCCUUCUCACCCUCCCUUUCUCCUCUUUCUCACCCCCUCUUUCUCCUUUUUCACCCCCUCCUCUCUUUCUCACCCCCCUCCUCCUCUCUUUCUCCCCCUCCUUUCUCUUUCUCACCCCCCUCCUUUCUCUCCCUCCCUUCUCACACCCCCGUUUCUCCUCUUUCACCCCCUCCUUUCUCUCCCCCCUUUCUCUUUCUCACCCCGUUUUUCUCCUCUUUCACCCCGUUUCUCCUCUUUCUCACCCCCCUUUCUUUCUCACCUCACCCCCCUCCUUUCUCUUUCUCCCCCCUACCUCCCUGUAGCGUGGCCGAGCCCUGUAUAGUCCGCGGGUACAGGGAGCAUCUGUUUCCUGUACCCGGCCAGACUAACAGGAAGUGAACACUGAGUGUGCACCUGUUUCCUGUUAGUCUGGCCGGGUACAGGAGACAGCUGCAUAGAAGGCUUAUCAAUAAACUGCAAUCUUUAAGUUCGGAUUUCAGUAUUGUAGAAUGGGUAAGGCAGUGGCUGAGUAACAAGCAACAGAGAGUUGUAGUCAAUGGAGUAUAUUCAAAGCAUGGUCUUGUCACCAGUGGGGUACCAAAGGGAUCUGUACUCGGACCCAUUCUCUUUAAUAUUUUUAUUAGUGAUAUUGGUCUUGAUGGUAAGGUAUGUUUUUUUGCUGAUGAUACUAAGAUAUCUAACAGGGUUGAUGUUCCAGGAGACAAAAGCCAAGUGGCAAAUAAUUUAGGUAAACUAGAAAAAUGGUCAGAGUUGUGGAAACUGACAUUUAAAGGGGAUAAGUGCAAGAUAAUGCAUUUUGGACGUAAAAACCCAAAGGCAGAGUACACAAUAUUUUAUAUAGUCCUAACCUCAACAUCUGAGUAAAGGGAUUUAGGGCUAAUUAUUUCAGAUGACUUAAAGAAAUGUAAUAAAGCAGCAGGAAAUGCUAGCAGAACACUUGGAUGUAUAGGGAGAGUUAUUAGCAGUAGAAAGUGUGCUCAUGCCAUUAUACAGAACACUGGUAAGACCUCACUUGGAGUAUUCUAUGCAGUACUGGCAGUGGUGUAUUUUGAAAUGGUGCUGCCCUAGGCAUAACAGAUCUCGGGCACCCCCUAAUUUAAAAGUACCUGCCACUUUCUGCCAAGGCCACACCUCUUCCUGUUUGCUUACACACAUUUUGACUGACAGACACACUCACGGACCAGCACACACUCUCAGAUACACUGACAUACACAUACACUCACUGAUUUGACACAAUCUGACACACAUACAAUCAUUUAGACACACACUGACAGACGCAUACACUCACUGACAGACACGCACAAUCACUCAGACACACACUCACAGACACUCACUGACAGACCGACACACACACAUUCACUGAAACUCACACACUUACUGACAGACACACACACUCACUGACAGACACACACUCACUCACACUCACUCAAAUUCAAUGACACACUCUCACUCACAUUCACUGACACACACACACUCACUCACAUUCACUGACACACACACUCACUCACUUCCUCACAUUCACUGACACACACAGUCACAUUCACUGAUACACACACAAUCACAUUCAUUGACAAACACACACAUUUUCCCACAACACUCACAAUUAUUAUUUAAAUUUUUUUAAAUUUAAAUCCACCCAGCCUCCUUACUAUUUUUAUCUGGGGUCCAGUGGGGCUGCUGGGCAGGAAGGUGGCUGGACAUGCAGGUGGGCGGGCGCUCUAAGUUUUCAGCGAGGGAGCUGUUACCUCUCUGCUCAGCUCCCUCGCACAUUGCAGAGUGAUGCCAGGAGCCGGAAUGACGUCAUAUUCCUAAGCUGAGCAGAGAGAGCUCAGGGGAAAAUGCUCACAUUCCGCCCGCCCAGGAAACAACUGGCCGCCUGCCCCGGGGGAGCCCAAAGAUGGCCAGCUGGCCAGCUCUUGGGCCCCCAUAAAACGAGGCAAACAAGGCAUUAGUCUGGACAUUUGGGGGCAGCGUUUUUUCCCGCCCCCUGGAAAUUGUACUGGAGAUCGUAUCUCCAAAAGGAUAUUGCUACUUUAGAGAGAGUUCAGAGAAGGGAUACUAAACUGGUGCUUCAAUAGAAGCCAAUUAAAAAAAGUGUAACAAAAUUAUUUACCUUGAUUAUUAAAGUUAUAAGCACUUCAAGAUUUCAUUUUUUGAUACAUUUUUAAAGAAUUGUUUUUUAUUGAAGCACUACAUUAAGUUUAGAUUUUUUUAUUUUUAAAUUUAUUGGCAUUAUAAUAAUGUUCACAAAAUAAUUAUCACGCAUCAUAUAGUCAGAGGAUACACAUCAUACCAGCAUUUGUCAACACUUGUUAAUAACAACAACAAGAGCAAAAGUAAAGUUACAUCAUAUUUUAGAGGUCACCUAAAUGUGAGUCAACAGAUACUCAAUAACAGGUUGGUAACCUAUUCAUAGGCAGUGAGAUAAAGGUUGUAGAGAGGAAUAAAGUAGUGCAUGGUGCUUCAAAACCUGGUGGAAGGUAGGAAUCGACCGAUUAUCGGUCUAGCAGAUCUUAUCGGCCGAUAUUGUGAAUUUUCAGCAAUAUCGAUAUUGGCCUAUAAAGAUACCAAUAUUGCCAAUAAUGAAGACAGGGCAAUGAGGGCGGGGCUUAGCAUGCUGCUGGGCAGAGGUUGGCAUGUGGCUGGGCAGAGUUUAGCGCGGCGGGGCUAAAUGUGGCCCGAACUGGUAAGUGUGGGGUAAACUAGAAGGAGUCUGUGCUCCCCAUCUAUCUACCCCAGUGCCCCUACUAACCCAUCUACCCCAGUGCCCUUACAACCCCAUCUACCCUAGUGCCCUUUCAAUCCAUCUACACCAGUGCCCCUACUACCCCAGUGCCCUUACAAGCCCAUCUUCCCUACUGCCCUUACAACCCCAUCUACCCUACUGCCCUUACAACCCCAUCUAACCCAGUGCCCCUACUACUCCAUCUACCCCAGUGCCCCUGCUCCCCAGCUACCACAGUGCCCGGGUCCCCAGCUACCACAGUGCCCCUCCUCCCACAUACACUGCAUCCACACUGCAUCCACUACACAAACACACACACUAUUUUAAGGAUAUCAAAUUAGGGAGCUAUUUAAUAAACAACUCCCAAAAUUGGUAUCCUUUAGAGUAAUGGUAUUUGUACUUUGCUUCAUUUCUGAAAUUUUUUUAAAUUCUGUUUUGUUCCAUUUUGAUAAAUUCACUAAUAGGAAUGAAACAAACCAAAAUACAUUUUUUGGCUGUGCACAUGUCUACUAUAUAUGUACAAGAUGAGGGGUAGAGGUUGAACUUAUUAGCAUUUAUAUUGUAUUUUUCCUUUUUUUUAAAUUUUUUUUUAACUAAUGUGCAUACUAAAUUUUGUUUUAAAUAUUUUUAUUGUCAUCACAAUGUAGAUGCAGAUAUGAAACUUAGUAUUGUUGUAGCAAAUAGUCGCCUACGCAAAGGCGUGUAUAUCAGAACAUGUAAAUAAAAGCAGAUGGUCGCCUACGCGGAGGCGUGUAUAUCGGAGCAUAUAAACAUUAUAGUGGAAAAAUUCAAAUAUUAGUCGAAGUUAUUGAGCAGUGAUGUAUAUUAGGUGUACAAAGACUUUGCCAAAUGUAAUCCAUCAAAGGCAUAAAACAAGCGUGAUAAUGCAGCGUUUACGCGUUGUAUUCAGGUUUUUACGACUAUUUUAACGGCCGUUAAUGGCAGGUAUCUGGCCAGUUGCUCUGUCUAUGUUUCAAAUGCAUUUUUUAAAGCAUGGUCAAGUACAGUGUUUGGCAGUCUGCGUGCGGCAGCAAUAAGGUUAUGAGCCAGAUUGUAGCUGGUGUAUAUGCACUGUUCCUUGAGCUAAAUUGUACCAGGUCCAACCAGAAUAGGGCAAUUAACGGUUUAGGUCUAUUCUUAAUUUCACAGUUCUGCUCAUAGAGUAGUCACUUAACGGUAAGCCUGUAUAAAUUGGUCACGUGGGAUUAAAUUGCGGUAUAUGGUAGCGAAGCCAGAUUAAAUGGGCGGAUAUCCGUUCUGUAGGGCCCCUAUAAAACCUAUAUUUGGGUCCUAAUGCUACGUUAAGUAUAUAUGGCUGAUACAAUAUAUCAAUCGGGCAUCAUGUGGCAGGGGUAGGUCAUAGUUAUUAGCCUUAUAGCAGCGCCUAGGGAAUUAUGAGAGAGGCGUGCGAUAAAAAUGGGUGCAUAAAUAAUAAUAAUAAAAAUAAAUUAACCCCAUCUGUGCGGCAUUACUAUAGCAUCUAAAUUAAAAGCUCUGUAUAUAUUUAACUGAAGGGAAAGAGUAAGGUAGCGUAAGCACAACUGAAACAAUUGUCCUCUUAUAGGAACUUCUGUCACUUUGUUGGGGGGGGGGAGGCGUUACAAUGCCCGGCAUGAAGAGGCCGUGCGGCGUGGAAUCAACAGUUUUCGGACGGCAUCAUUACCCGUCUCCCUCGGGUACAGCUCUUGUGUAGGAUUACCUUGGGUAUGUAUAUGUGCGGUGGGCAGGUUGUGCACAUCUGAGUCCCCCCCCGGCUCUCCCAACCCGGCACACCCUCCUUUUCCCCCCCAAGGCAGGCCCCUGUGUCUGCAUAGAGCUCCCCUGCGCUGUGGGCACUCAGAGACGUUGGCAGUCCAGCGGUUCCCUCCCCCCAGUAAGUCCACAGGGCACCUGUCUCCUGCACCUCCCCAGUCCCAGUGGAACCCCAGCCCGCUCAUACCUCACCCGCCUUCGGUCUCAUACUUGGUGCCGGCGCGUCGCCCCAGCCAUCUCAGCCACACAAGACAUCAUAGAAUUGGGGGCAUAUUCUCCAGGACCACCACCAAAUCCAAAGAUCAAGGCCAGCUCCAUGUCAACUGGUCCGCCGCCUGGUCCAGCCGCGGGAUCCACCACCCGGGGGCCGAGGCGUCCCAGCGUGGGUUUUCACCUCUGGUAUGUAUAGCGCACCUUGUUGCUGCGCAGGCGUGAGUCGUCCGUCGGCCAUCUUGGUCCCGAGUGUGUUAGGGCCUCACACCAGGUGGGCCUCAACCCCAGCCUCCGAAGUCUGGACUCCCAGGCCGGAAUCACCCCCACCGGUCAGAAGGGGGGGAGCGGGAUCAGUGCCUGUUGUGGGCCUCGUGCACUCAUCUAGUCGAGGGCCGCAUGGAUUCGCCGUGCUCGUUUCAAGCUGUUAGCGGGGCAAGAGCCCUAGUACAACGCUCCUGGUUAUGCCCCCCUCGGUUCUUGGCUUGUUCCCGGUUUCUGGCGGGUUCUUAGGUUUUUUAUUUGGGGUUUUGAGUGGUGUAUAGCCGGAGCUGGCUUAGUUUGCUGCCACUUCGCUCGGCGGCCCGGCCCUGCCCCACCCCCCAUUUUGUAGUAACAUUCUCUACAACCUGCAUGCUAGUAAUUAAAAUGCUUAUGAUCUCCCCUUAAAGGACCACUAUAGUACCAGGAAAACAUACUCGUUAUCCUGGCACUAUAGUGCGCUGAGGGUGCCCCCACCCUCAGGGUCCCCCUCCCGCCCGGCUCUGGAAAGGGGAAAGAGGUUAAAUCUUACCUUUUUCCAGCGCUGGGCGGGGAGCUCUCCUGUUCCGAUCCUCCUCCUCUCCGCCCAUUCAGCUGAAUGCGCACGUGCGGCAAGAGCUGCGCGCGCAUUCAGCCGGUUGCAUAGGAAAGCAUUUACAAUGCUUUCCUAUGGACGCUUGCGUGCUCUCACUGUGAUUUUUACAGUGAGAAUCACGCAAGCGCCUCUAGCAGCUGUCAAUGAGACAGCCGCUAGAGGCUUUGGAGGAAGGCUUAACCCAUUCAUAAACAUAGCAGUUUUUCUGAGACUGCUAUGUUUAUAAAAAAAUGGGUUAACCCUAGAUGGACCUGACACCCAGACCACUUAAUUAAGCUGAAGUGGUCUGGGUGCCUAGAGUGGUCCUUUAAGGAGAAAAUAUCAUAUACAUUAACAUGGAAACAAAGAAACAUAGGCAGAUAAGAACCAUUCGGCCCAUGUAAUCUGCCCAAUUUUCUAAAACUUUUUAUUAGUCCCUGACCUUAUCUUAUAGUUAGGAUAGCCUAAUGCCUAUCCCACGCAUGCUUAAACUCCUUUACUGUGUGAGAAACCGCCUUGGACCUCCAGUAAUCAUCUAAAGUCUACAGUGAUUAGAAUAAAAUUACACAGUGUUAUUCAAUAAUCCAUGAAUUUUAAUAUAAAUAUGGAAUUUUUACUAUGGGCAAAAUAACUGAAAUGGAAACAAAGCUGCCUUUAAUCAAUGUUUUCAGUUGAUCUAUUUUAAAAUAAAAUAAUAUGUUUCCUAGUGAAUUUAUGACAAUUCUGGAAUUAGUAAAAACCCUGAAAAAAAUGAAAUUCACCAACACUGUGCAAAUUGAUCCAUGCAAACGUCAGGACCUGGUGUGAUGUAAUUUACCGAUACACAAGGCUUCGACUGCAUAUGUUCCUAAAUAUAUUUCUCCGCUGAGUGAAGACCAGGGCAGGAGUGGAAGAGAGGGUUAGUGGAGCCACAGUGGAAAACUAAAUCAAUGUAGAGUAAAUGGGUUAACGGAGAUUCACAUCUUUUUUUGAAUGGAACUGGUAAAUAUUUGUCCAUUCAGACGGAUUGAUUAGUAUAAAAAUGUUAUAUCACAUGUCUAUAUCUUUCUUUUUCUUCACAGUAUUGUAGAUAAUGGAUUCCUGCACAAUUAUAUUCGGCAUAAUUGCCUUUCUCACAGCAACGUUGUACAUCACCUAUAAAAGAAACCGUGGCAUGACAAAGAUUUACAUGCAAGAGAUAUGGCAGACAAUCAAAAAUGUAUUCCUGUGUCAGUCAAAGGAACAGCGGGUUUUGGCGUUUGUGCAGAAGAAUGCUGUACGUGGGGACCCUCAGAGCGUUAUUGAUAACAUUGACAAAUACUGCAGCCAGAGGGAAUGGGCCAUGAACGUUGGAGAUCAAAAGGGUAAAAACUCAAACCAGUAAUAUGUUGAAAUUAACAGAACAUUUAUGAAAAGAGAGCCUAUGUUAACUGAUUCAUACAUAAAAAAAAAAAUCUUAAAUGUGCAGAAUAACAACAGAACAACAGAAUAACAAAGAAUGUAGGCACACAAUGUGUGCAAUUGGCAAAAACAUAAUUUACAAUUGAGUAUAAAAAAAAUGGAAAAUAUAAUUUCAUCUAACUUUUCAUGCACAUAUAUGCGUAUGUUUGUGGCCUGUGUGCAUAUAAAUAUAAAGGACUGUAAUGUUAGUACUUACAGUCUUCAUAAACCUGUUCACAUCUUUAGUUACAUUAUAGUCAACUUUCAGCCAUCCUCAGAGACUCAUCAGAACAACAGAAAUAAAUAAAUAUAUAUAUAUAUAUAUAUAUAUAUAUAUAUAUAGUAAGGGGAAAGUGACUUACCCACCUUAAAGGGACACUAUAGACACCAGAACCUAAAUGUGCUUAUAGACACCAGAAGGCUAAUGUGGUGGUUCUGGCGUCUAUAUCCUGUCUUUCAGGCUGAGCACUGUAAACACUACUUUGUUAGAGAAACAGCAGUGCUGCCUAUUAACACCUUUAUGUGCAAUCAAUCAGAUGGCUACUAGAGGUGGUUUCUUGUAAAGUACUGCACAGUGUGCAGCACCUAUGUUCAGCAUCUCCACGCUCUCCAUGGAGGUGCUGAAAGUUCCCCAUAUGAGGAAAUGCUUAUUGGUGCAGCACAGUGUUUUGCCGCCGCGCAUGUGAAAUAGCCUUCCACUGCUUCCUUUUGGGAAAACAUUGGAUUGGCUGAGAUCAUCAGAAGUUUCAACUUCUGAGACAGAGCCAACUGCAGCGAGAUAGGGGGGCCAGGGAGCUAAUCCUGCAUGCCAGCACCAUAGUGUCAGAAAGAAAUACAUGUUUGUAUUCGUGACUAUAGUGUUCCUUUAAAUUGAUUCAGGAUUGCCGCUCUGUGUGUUCAUACAGACUAACAUACUGUCUUCAGGAAGGGAAAUGGGACAUAGACACCAGGGUGGCAAUAUGAGGAGAUAGACACAAAGGGGAGAUGAACAAAUGGGGAAUAUGGUUAGACAGACACAAGUGAGGAGAUAUGGAAAGUGGUACAAGUUUCAGGGGGAAUUUUGGGAGUGGGACUCAAAUGGGGGAAGGGGAUAUAAGUUAAAAACACUUGUCACUUAAUACUUGAGACUGACUUGCCAACUAGAUUUCAUAAAAGUAAUGUGAUGUGGUUAUUUGUCAUAAUGUGUACAAAACCAGUUUUUGCCUAGAUAUCAUGCUAAACACAAUUAACUGAGUGUGUAAAAUGAUUUCAUUUCAGGCUUGAUCCUUGAUAAAAUAGUGAAGGAGACUAAUCCAUCCGUCCUGCUGGAGCUAGGCACGUACUGUGGGUAUUCAGCUGUGCGGAUAGGUCGGUUGUUAAAGCCUGGUGCCCGUUUCUAUACUUUGGAAAUUAAUCCAACCUUUGCUGCAAUAGCUAAGCAGAUAAUUGAAUUUGCUGGACUUAAGGACAAGGUACGUACAUGAUUUAAGAUAUGAACUUUUG